GCAGCGCAAAGAGAGGUCCUUGAAGCCACCGAGCUAAAAAAGACAUUCUUUUCCACCUCUUCUGUUCCGGCAGGGGCGGCGGCGAUGGCGGCCAGGACGCGGUGGUCGGCGCUGGCGGCGAGCGCUCUGAUCCAGUGCUUCGCGGGGGGCAGCUACUGCUUCGGCGUCUACUCGCCGGCGCUCAAGGCGUCGCAGGGCUACGACCAGUCCGCGCUCGACGCCGUCGCCUUCUUCAAGGACGUCGGCGCCAACGUCGGGGUCCUCUCGGGCCUCCUCGCCGCGUGGGCGCCCGCGGGAGGGCGCCGACGCCCCUGGGUCGUCCUCCUCACCGGCGCCGCUCUCUGCGCCGCAGGGUACCUCCCCAUGUGGCUCGCCGUCGCGGGUGUCGUGCCCGCCCCGCUCCCGCUCGUCUGCCUCUACAUGCUGCUCGCCGCGCAGGCGCAGACCUUCAUGAACACGGCCGAUGUCGUCACCGCCGUCGAGAACUUCCCCGACCGCCGCGGCACCGUCAUCGGCAUCAUGAAGGGUUUUCUAGGCUUGAGCGGCGCAAUACUGGUCCAAGUACAGCGCACUCUCCAUAUUGAUCCCGGCAGUUUCAUACUUAUGCUGGCAAUACUACCCACAGCCAUCGCGUUGCUGCUCAUGUACUUUGUCGACGUCCACAGCGCUCAUCAGCGGUACAACAAGAAGUUCCUCGAUGCUUUCUCUCUCAUGGCCGUUACUGUUGCUGGGUUCCUGAUGGUUGUCAUAAUCUGCGACCAAGUUUUCAUGAUAAGUUCAGCUGGGCAGAGUGUUUGCUUCGCGAUACUCUUGCUGCUGAUCAUGUCUCCAGUGACUAUUGUUGUAAGGGCUCAGAGGUCCGAAUCGAAGCAGCGAGAAGAACCAACGUCGGAAGAACAAACUGGUUUACUUCUUCAUGAGGAAACGGCGCAGCAGGAUUCAGAGAACGCCAGCUCUAGCACACCGCUUGUGGGAUCUAAUAAUCAGGACAUGUCGUCGGACAAAGCAGAGAACCUGAACGUGGUGCAGGCCAUGUGCAAACUCGACUUCUGGCUGCUCUUCCUUGCGAUGGCCUGCGGAAUGGGCUCGGGGUUGGCCACGGUGAACAACAUCAGCCAGAUCGGGGGCUCUCUGGGCUACACGAGCAGGGAGACCAGCACUCUGGUGUCCCUAUGGAGCAUCUGGAACUUCUCAGGGAGGUUCGGCGCAGGCUACGUCUCCGACCACUUCCUCCGGUCGCGAGGACUGGGCAGGCCUUUCUUCAUAGCAGCGACGCUUCUGGUCAUGGGUGUAGGCCAUGCCAUCAUCUCCUCCGGUUUCCACGCAUCGCUCUACGUCGGCUCGGUCCUUGUCGGCUUGUGCUACGGGUCUCAGUGGGCUUUGAUGCCGAGCAUAACUUCAGAGAUAUUCGGGCUAAACCAUUUUGGCACCAUCUUCAACACGGUGGCCGUCGCGAGCCCUGUUGGCUCUUACAUCCUCUCGGUGCGCGUGGUCGGGUUCAUUUAUGACAAGGAGUCACCGCAAGGUGAGCUUGCCUGUGCCGGUAAGCACUGCUUCGCACUCUCCUUCCUGAUCAUGGCAUGCGUCUGUGUCUUCGGGUCUGCCGUAGCAUUUGUAUUGUUCAUCAGAACAAGGAAGUUUUAUAGACGGGUCAUAUAUGCCAGACUGCUCCCUUUUGUAGAUAAAUGAGGAAAUGUAUAUAUACAAACCAGUUUUCCUGUAUCUUUAAUAUAGUAGUAACAAUAUCAUGUUAGCAUUUGGUAUUGUAGCACUCUCUUUAGAUAGCAACAAUACAAUGGUCACUUCCUGUGUUAAUAAGCAAAUGAAAAAGAAACCAAUAUUUGUAUUUCAGUUGAGUGACACAUAUUUAUCGGGAAAAAAGCUGAGUGAUACAUACUCCCUCCGUAAAGAAAUAUAUGAGCGUUUAGAUCACCAAAGUAGUGAUCUAAAUACUCUUAUAUUUCUUUAUAGAGGGAGUACUUUACAGGAGUUGUGCUCUUACAGCAA